GAGGAGUUUGUGUCUUGUUUUCUUGUGGCGUGGCAUAGGAUUCCGAAUAAAUGCAUGUUUCUACUUUCCUUUUCUUCUCUCAGUCUCUCUAGCUAGCUUUCUUCUCCACUCUCUCAAAUGGCCCAAAAUGAUUCCAACCCUACUCCGCCUCCGGAACCCCUUGUAGCGGCGGAACCCAUUACUGAGGAUUUGGUCCAAGACAAAGAAGAAGAGGAUGAUAGUAGUAAGAUUGUUAUUCCAGUCCCAGAGAGCGAGUCCUUGUCAUUGAAGGAGGAUAGCAAUAGGGUUUCUGAUUCCGAGAAAAAUGCCAUUGAUGAGCUGAAGAAGCUCCUGAAAGAGGAAUUAGAGGACGAGGAGGUUUCCAUCUGGGGCGUCCCUCUCUUUAAGGAUGACAGGACUGACGUCAUUCUCCUCAAGUUUCUCAGAGCUCGUGAGCUCAAAGUGAAGGACGCCCUUGUCAUGUUUCAAAACACUCUCCGAUGGAGGAAGGACUUCAACAUCGACGCCCUUCUGGAUGAAGAUCUGGGCGACCACUUGGAGAAGGUUGUCUUCAUGCACGGACACGGCAGAGAGGGCCAUCCCGUCUGUUACAACGUCUACGGCGAGUUCCAGAACAAGGACCUCUACCACAAGGCCUUCUCCUCUCAGGAUAAUCGAAACAAGUUUCUCCGAUGGCGUAUUCAGUUGUUGGAGCGCAGUAUUCGGCACCUCGACUUCACUCCUUCCUCCGGCAUCAACACCAUUUUCCAAGUCAAUGACCUCAAAAACUCCCCUGGCCCUGCUAAACGUGAGCUUCGCCUUGCCACCAAACAAGCUUUGCAGUUGCUUCAGGACAACUAUCCCGAAUUUGUUGCCAAACAGGUUUUUAUCAACGUCCCAUGGUGGUAUCUUGCUUUCUAUACCAUGAUCAAUCCCUUCUUGACUCAGAGGACCAAAAGCAAAUUUGUCUUUGCUGGACCAUCCAAGUCCCCCGAUACUCUUUUCAAGUAUAUUUCUCCUGAGCAAGUGCCCGUUCAGUAUGGUGGCCUCAGUGUAGAUUUCUGUGACUGCAACCCCGAUUUCACUAUGUCUUAUCCUGUCACCGAAAUUCCUAUAAAGCCAACCACUAAGCAAACUGUGGAAAUUGCUAUUUAUGAGAAGUGCAUUAUUGUUUGGGAGCUGCGCGUGGUGGGCUGGGAGGUUAGCUACAAUGCUGAAUUCAAGCCUGAUGUUGAAGAUGCAUAUACGGUUAUCAUACAGAAGGCCACAAAGAUGUCCCCUACCGAUGAACCAGUUGUUACCAAUAGCUUUAAAGUUGUUGAACUGGGAAAAUUGUUGCUCACCAUAGACAAUCCUACCUUGAAAAAAAAGAGGCUUCUUUACAGGUUCAAGAUCAAACCCUACUCUGAUUGAGAGAAAAUAACCUCUGGUGGUGGUUUUGGGUACAUGAAGGAAAUUGAACUUGAAGAGUAAGAAAUAUGCAUGUCAUCAUUUGUUCGGUCCAUUUUUCAUCUAUAGUUUUGGUCGUGAGUUGUUUGCAGAUUGUCUUUCUCUGUCUUUGUUGUUUGUUGUGUUGUAUGUAACACUUUAUUGCUAGUCUAAAUUGUUCUUUUAUUUUCUGGUGAUGAACAAUGUUGGGAGUAGCAAAUGGAAUUAAAAUUGGAGUUGGUUUUGGAAAUUACAUUUAUUCUCAGAAUUACGGAUCACAUUGAUGAGUGAACCAAACCAACAACAUGUAGAAAGCCUUGUUAUGAAAAGUUUCAAUGUAAAAAUUUCUUCUUUUACUUAUCCAACUCGGAGUUUGGUCCAAUUAUAAUCAUUUUGAAUGUCAUAGAUAUGUAAUACAAAAGGAAUGAAUGAGAAGUAUGCCUGAUUUCUAUCUUC